AUGAUGGUCGCUCCUGUUUUCUCCUCCUGUUUUCUCCUCCUCUUCUUUGCGUUAGCACCUUUGGCGAAGGCGCAACUCCACCACCAACACUUCGGAGGAGGAGAAAAAGGAAUACCCGAGGAAGCGAAAGCGGAUGAAUCCGUCAUGAGGAACCAACGCGUCCUGGGAACGAGAAUAGAACGAAGUUUAAGAUGGAAUUCGAGAAGCGCGACGGCGAAACAAAUAUGCGCGAGAAACAGACACGGAGCGGAAUGGAGCGGCUUGUUGAACAGAGCGGAUAAGUUUAUCGAGGAAUUGAAUCAAGAGAUGGACGGGGGGGGAGGUCACGUGACGUUUUACGACUCCGCGCUAAACCGGCCGGUGUUUGCAGUGACCAAACGACCUCUGUCGCAGUUUUUGGAGGAAAGCGUCAAGCACGGAUGGCCAUCUUUUCGGGCGGAAGACGUCGUGUGGGAGAACGUGAGGAUAUUAGACGACGGCGAGGUGGUGACGAGAGAUGGUUUACACCUCGGGCAUAACAUUCCAGACGAGAAAGGAGCGAGAUUUUGCAUCAACCUCGUGUGCGUCUCCGGUUUCGCGCCGGAGAGAUAG